GAUAAGAAAUGGGUUCUCAAUCAUGAAGAUGUCACUUUGGGAGAAUUACUGGGCAAAGGUAAUUUUGGUGAGGUGUAUAAGGGGACAUUAAAAGAUAAAACUCCUGUUGCUGUAAAAACUUGUAAAGAAGAUCUUCCUCAGGAAUUGAAAAUAAAAUUUCUGUCAGAAGCGAGAAUACUCAAACAGUAUGAUCAUCCUAAUAUUGUAAAACUUAUAGGAGUUUGCACACAACGACAACCUAUUUAUAUUGUUAUGGAACUUGUUCCAGGAGGUGAUUUCCUGUCCUUUUUGAGAAAAAAGAAGGAUGACCUAAAAACCAAACAGUUGGUGAAAUUUUCAUUAGAUGCUGCUUCUGGUAUGGCGUAUCUUGAAUCUAAAAACUGUAUACAUAGAGACCUAGCUGCAAGGAACUGCUUGGUAGGUGAAAGCAACAUUUUGAAAAUAAGUGAUUUUGGAAUGUCCCGGCAAGAGGAUGAUGGUGUGUACUCAUCGUCAGGCUUAAAGCAGAUUCCUAUCAAGUGGACUGCUCCAGAAGCUCUCAACUAUGGGAGAUACACGUCUGAGAGUGAUGUAUGGAGUUUUGGAAUCCUUUUGUGGGAGACCUUCAGUUUAGGAGUGUGUCCGUACCCUGGAAUGACCAACCAGCAAGCACGAGAACAAGUCGAGAAAGGUUACCGAAUGUCAGCACCACAAAAAUGUCCAGAAGAAAUACAUAAAAUAAUGCAGAGGUGCUGGGACUACAAACCAGAAAACAGGCCAAAAUUCAGUGAGAUUCAGAAAGAGCUGUCUUCAAUCAAAAAGAAAGUGACAUAG